AUGACUUCUCCGUUGGUGAUCGCCCUCGGCCUCGUGCCCGCGACCUAUGUUUUCCUUUCCGCGCUGCUUCACCUCACCCAAGACGCGAAAGAGCCCCCUGUAAUCGCAACUCAAAUACCAUUUUUAAGUCCGGCGUUGGGCUUUAUUAUGGGAAUGCAAAAUUUUCUCGUAAAACUCAGGGACAAAUACAAUCUCCCAAUAUAUACCCUACGCAUACCAGGACAGCGCAUCUACGUUAUAAACUCCCCAGCUCUCAUCCCGCAGCUACAGCGGCUGGUCAAAACUAUUUCAUUUUGCCCCAUCGAGGCCCAGGCAGCCGAUGUCGUGAUGGGAGUUGGCCCAGAGGGAAAUGCUAUCAUAGGUUCGGACAAAAUGCUCGACAAUGAUUCUUACCUGUCAACCUUCGUACCCUCGAUUCAUCCAGGCCUGGCUCCGGGCCCUGGACUCAAUGCGAUCAGUAGUACGGCAGCUCGGGGCCUCUCGGAAUCUCUGGAAAACCUGAGUAAAAGCGGCCCAACAACGGUCGACCUGUAUUCCUGGGUUCGUGGAGAGGCUUUUAAGGCCAUAACGGAAUCCAUAUAUGGGCCGAAAAACCCUUUUCGCGAUCCCGCACUCGAGGAAGCAUGGUACACUUUUGAGCCCGGCAUCUUGCCUCUGAUGAUCAACAUAUGGCCAAGUUUACUAGCACGAAAAAGCCUCCAUGCGCGAGAACACCUUCUCAUUCCCGCUUUCGAAAAAUACUUCGUUGAUAAGGGCCACCAGCAGGGCUCGCUCCUUGCCCAGUGCCGCUACGAGCAUAACACAAGUCACGGUCUACGAGGCAGAGAUAUCGCAGCCACUGAGAUUGGCCAGAUGGUUGCGUCUCUAACCAACAGCAUGGCGAGCGCGUUCUGGAUGGUCUACCAUGUUUACUCCGACCCCAUUGUCCUCAAUGAGUGCCGAGCUGAGGCAGAGCAGCUCGUUGAACUCGACGACAUCGAUGCCCAGAUUCUCGACCUGGCCAAAAUCAAGUCUUCAUGCCCUAUUCUUUUCUCGACGUGGCAGGAGACUCUGCGUUAUGUGCACAUUGCCGUCUCUACUAGAGUGGUGAUGGAGGAUGUCAUAUUCGACAACAAAUACCUCCUGAAGAAAGGUGCCACUGUCAUGACUACUUCUGUAGUCCAAAACACAGACCAAUCGAUAUGGGGACCGACAUUGGCUAACUUCGACCACCGCCGAUUCGUAUCCCAGCCUGGUGAAAAACGCAAAAUCCCAGCGGCGUUCCGUCCCUUUGGCGGUGGGUCAAUCCUCUGUCCUGGGCGCCAUUUUAUCACCGCGGGGGUCCUGUCAUUUGUAAUUCUCCUUUUGCUCCGUUUUGAUCUGGAACCCGUAACCAAGGAUGAGAAUUCUGCAAAGUAUUAUUUGAUAGCCACUUGA